AUGUAUCUGGGGGAUCCCGGUCUUCCAAUGAGACUGGCUCAGUUGGGCGCAAAGGGAUAUCGAAUUGGGUUUCUGUUGGCAAAAGGUGUGGAAUUGCAAGUGGCGCCAAAUUCAAGCGGGGAACUCCGGCUAUCGGUUGCUGUUGCUGUUGCUGUUGCUGUUGCUGUUGCUGUUGCUGUUGCUGUUGCUGUUGCUGUUGCUGUUGCUGUUGCUGUUGCUGUUGCUGUUGCUAUUGCUAUCGGUCGGUGA